AUGUGCUUGCGCCGGGUGGAAAAUGAGUUUUACGCCAUGCGCCAGGUUGCCUGUGAGCUCGCACUGGACCCGAACACAGCAAACCAGUCUCUCCUUCUCUCUGAGAGCAACAAAAAGGUGACACAUGUGACUGAGAAGUGCCCGUAUCCUGACCACCCCAAGAGAUUUGACGAAUGGCAUCAGCCAGGCGGCAUUCCCCUUCUGAGGAAGCUGUGCUAUGCAGUGGGGGGCAUCCCCUACCAGAUCACCAACAUUGCCAUCGGCUUCUGCCUGCAGGUUUUCCUUCUGGACGUGGUCAGGAUGGAGGCUUCUCUUGUGUCCCUGAUUCUGUUCCUGAGCCGGGCCUGGGAUGCCAUCACUGACCCCCUGGUGGGGUACCUGGUCAGCAGGACUCCCCACACACCCAUCGGCAAGCUGCUGCCAUGGAUGGCAAUCUCCACUCCUCUUGGGAUCCUCUCCUAUGUCCUGCUGUGGCUAGUCCCCGGGGAUACAGCAUCUCUGGCCGUCACUCUCCCCUGGUACCUCUUCACCAGCUGUCUGUUUGAGACUUUCAUGAGUUGUUACCACGUCCCGUACACCUCCCUCAACAUGUUCCUGGGUGGACACCAGACUGACAGAGACUCGGCCACUGCCUACAGGAUGUGUUUGGAGAUGCUUGCCAUGUUGUUCAGCUCAGUGGUGCAGGGGCAGGUCAUGAGGGUGUUUUACACCGAGAGAGACCACGUCUGCCUGGACAAGGAAGUCCAGACCCUUCAGCACGCGCACAGCACUCUGGCUCCUGUUCACCCUGCUCUCCCAAACACGAAGAAGGCCUUCAUGAUGUCUGCUAUGGUCCUGGGAGGCAUCUACUUCCUGUGUAGCCUGACUCUCUUCCUGGGAGUGAAAGAGCAGCAUGCUCGCCUCCACGCUGAGGAGAAGACGCAUCAGCCGUAUUUUUCCAGUCUGAAGAUGCUUGUGCAACACGCCCCAUACACACGCCUGGUGCUUGGUUUCCUCUUCUCCUCCCUUGCCUUCCAGAUGUCCCUGGGGAAUUUCGCCUUGUACUGCACACAUGCCUCAGGUCUUGGACCCCAGUUCCAGUACAUCAUCCUUGUGCUGCUGACCACCGCUGCCAUCUCCGUACCUCUGUGGCAGGUGCUCCUGGUCAGGGUGGGCAAGAAGACGACGCUCUUUAUUGGACUGCCGCUGUUCAUCCCUGCUCUGAUAGUGCUGGUGUCAGUGCCUAGUAAUCUGGCUGUGUACAUGGCCAUUAGCGUGCUCAGUGGGAGCAGCCUGGCCACGCUGUUCCUGCUGCCCUGGUCCAUGCUUUCAGAUGUGAUAGAUGACUUCGCCCUGAAGAACCCCACCUGUAGGGAGAUGGAGCCUCUGUUCUUCUCCUGCUACGUGUUCUGCAAUAAGCUGGGCGGAGGUCUGUCCAUAGGCUUCUCCACUAUGGUCCUGCACUUUGCAGGCUACCAGGCGGGCGCGUGUAGCCAUGGCGAUGGGGUGAUAACAGCCCUGCGGGUGUUGUUUGCCGCCGUGCCUAUUGGCCUGUUAGUGCUGGGUCUGGUCUUCUUCUACCUCUACCCCAUCAAUGAGACGCACCAGCGACUGAGCAGGACACCCAACGAUCAGGAACGGGCAACACUUGAAGAAGUCACCUGUUCCACUGAAGUGGACAUUCAGAGCUUGACACAGAGUGUUUCACCAGGAGUGCCGCCUUUCACCUCUAGAGGUCAGAGGUCAAGUUCAAGGUCAGACUGUAGCCACAUGCCUGGUCACAUGACAAAAACACCCUCUCAGAACUCAAGACGAAGUUCCUCUUCUCACCGUGUGUCGAAACAACCCCAAAUGGUAUCUCCCAGCCCAAACCAGAGAAAGACCAGGACAAGGAUUUCACAGCGCCACACCAGCGCUUCUAAACGCGAGUCACUUCAGCAUCCAAUCAGACUGAAUUCAAACUUAAUUUCCCAUGAAUCUCAGUGUGGUGACCUACAGCCAGUUUGGGCAAAGGUGACCUGGGUUUAG